AUGACCGAUGCUUCGGAUAGCAGUCCUGUCUACCCUCAUGGUCUCAAGGUGGUCAGUGGAGGCGAGGUAGAGAUCGCUUCUUACAAUGAGGCUCUAUCAGCUGGCUGGCUAUCGGCGGUUCACGACACUGACUCGUUGUCGGUGCCCAAUGGUAGUCUUGAUAGUUCGUCGCUCCUCUGGCAUGUUACAACUCCCAGUGGUUUGGGUGUACAUCAGAGCUCCCUGAGGAGUCAUGCUCAGACCUGGGAUGCCAGCAGAAAGUCGCGACCGGAGCCUUCGACGUUUGCUGGGGACAACGAGCCGCCUCGGAUGAACCUCUUGGAGGCGUUACAAGUCUUCAACGAAGAGGAUGAGAAGAGGGUCUUCACGGUUCGGAAAGUGCACAAGCUCGGUUUUAAAUCACAGUAUGCUUUAAAGAAGUACUUCAGCCAGUUCGGUAGAGUGAAGGACGUUGUUCUCCUCCCGAUGAGGGCCAAGCCGAAGCCAGGCCCGCAUGGUCAAGUUCGUGCGGUUCGACCGAGCUCGAUGGGCUUUGUGGUUAUGCAGUGCCCUGAAGAUGUACAGAGGAUUCUCGCCUAUGGAGACACGCAUACAAUCAAGGGUUGGCCGAUUGAGGUCCGCCCGUUCGUUCGACCUAGCGAUAAGCAAGAGUCGAAGGUUGGUACCUAUGGUGAAGGCGUCCACGCUUCGGCUACUGGAUUGCCCAAGGAGGGCAGGAGUGAAUGA